AUGGACUCCAAGAAGGCGCCUUUGUCCUUGCUGGAGGACGACGCUGCGUUCACCGUCCUCCCACGAGCCACGUCCCCGGCCCCGAGCAGCCGCUUCUCGCUACGCCGGAGCUCACACUCAUUCCGGCCCUCCAUAGACCCGGAGUCGCUAAACUCAUGCGUGAGCCGUGACACAUCCAGUGAUGAAUGCGCCAGGCACAGGUUCAUCGUCUGGGCAGCCGUCAAGCGCAACACCAGCCAGCGGAUGACGGACCAGGAGAGGCUCGAAUGCCCGCUGCUGCGAUGCACCCGGCGGUUCGCCAGCCAUGAGCUGAUGCUCAGGCACCUGGUUACCUGCGACCAGCUGCCCUCGUGUGAAUACUGGUGCUACGAGCACAUGAGGCUCGAGAGGUUCGACGACCGCAAGUGCAAGAGGUGCCUGGGCCACCCCUCCAAGCGGCGCAAGAUGCUCUGCAUGGCCAAGAACUUCUUCUCCUCCCUGGGCCACAAGCCAAAGAAGGGACAAGAGGACGAGCUCUGCCUGCCCGGCUCGGCGUCGCUUACCCCUCCGCCCAGCUACAAUUCGCUCCACGCGGAGCUUCCCCCCGACGGGAUCAUGGAGAUAGACUCGACUGAACUGGCUGCCAUCCCCGAGCAGCCGGCUGCGGAUGCUUCUAUCGACCCUCAGGCUCUCCUUCUCCCCGAACUCGACUCGACUGCUAUCCCCGCCAUUCCCUUUGUCGAGUGGCCGGCAGAACCGACGAUCAACCUCCAGAGUCUGGACCUGGGGAAGAACUUGGCUGCCAAACCGACCUUGCAGCUCAACACGAAUGGCUUGGGAUCAGCCCAGCGAGUUCCACGGCCUCGGCCAGUCGUCCAGCCAGUCAUUCGCAGCAAGAACCUAUCCCCAAGCUCAUCCGUGAGAUCCAACGCUAGCACAAUGAGCAACAUCAGUUCGAUCAUCUCUCCCAUAUCGACGUGGAGUCACGGCUCGUACGCCAUGUCUGGCCUCGAGACUGGUGCGACAUCACCGACGGGCGAACUCGUCAGUCCUAUUGACUUUUUCGGCGACAACGAGAUGGGCGGCUGCACGGGGCUAGAAACCGAUGCGUUCCUGCCGCAAUUGCCGAACGACGCCGUGUCAGAACUCCCCGCUGAGUUGCCAGCCAUGGACAAUGUCCUACCCGACCUUCUCACCCCCGAUCCCUUCGCUCUCCUCUUUGAGCCCUCCUACGCCGAAAACUUGUCGUACGAAUCUGAUAUAAUCGCUGGCGGAGCAGAUGGCGACGUGCGAGCAGUCUCGCCACUUGCCGUCAAGGAGUCGACUGUUUGCGAAGCGGAGAGCCCAGCCUUGAUUGUGUCCGCGUGGGACGCACUGCUGGUCAAUAUCACAUCGUCUCUAGCCAACACUCGGGACAUCCAGGGCAACCGGUUUGUGGAUCAGCUGCGCACGCUCUCGCCCAACUCGAUCGCAUCAACAGGCCUCCGAGUGCUCCAGAACUCCCUGCAAGGACAGCCUCCGACCUCGCCCAUGGACACCAUCUGUUUCAUCCACCUGAUCUACGCCUUCUCCCUGGCCACCUACGAAAGCCACACCUCAUCCCGCUGUGACGCGCUGUUCCUGCAAGCACUGGCUUAUAACUACUACUUGGACCCGAGUCAACAAAGGGCUUAUACACAGGUCGUCUCGGCCGUAUGGAAUCCCGGGACCAUCCCCUCAAGCGACUUGAGUCAACGGUUAGGAGCCAAGUACGAUGCACUGCGCCGAUCGUCAAGUAGGAAAGGAAAGGAGCUGGGGGGGCCUGCGGGGACCAACAGUGUCUACAAGGACCCUCUUCUCCUUGCUGCUCAGGACUACCUAGACGAGCUCGAAUCAUCUGUCAUUGUCCACCGUGUGACCGCUUCGCUCAAGACUUCCGACAUCUGGAACCACCACUUUAGGAAUGUCAGGUUAGAAACACCGGGCAACAGUCCCUUCCAUUUCGCGGCAACGUACAUCCUCGGGGAGAUCUCCAAGUUUCCCGGCGUCGAGGGGCUUGGCAGCCACCUUCAAGGCAUAGAUACGCGGCUCAGGCAAGGCUUCAUCUCCAGUGUUCGAAGGCUGGAGUUGGAGCUAUUGCAAGCUGGAAAGCGAUGCAUGUCUAUACGGAGGUUCUCGGACGUGUUCGCCCCUUUGGUCAGGGGGCUCUGCGACCCUCUGUACAAACAGGACGAGCCGGCUUCUUCGCACCGAGCCUCGUACUACGAACACUGCAUCACGAUGAUUGAACAGAUCAUCGGGGAACUGAGCGCUACUCAUGCCUCCGAUGACAUGUCAGAAACGUUUGAAGGGCUCAUCGACGCAUUCACGAACCAGCUUGGGAAUGAGAGCGAGCAGGAGGACAAAGUCGUCGGCCCGAGCGAUCCAGUCGGCAGCUCGGCAGCCCUUAUCAUUCCCGCAGUCGCUGAUGACCAGCAACAUACCAAGCCUGCAGAACAACAACAAAAGACCAGCAGCAGCAGCACAUUGAUCACGCCGCCGUCGUCGUCGUCGUCUGGCGACGACGACGACACGCCAUCGGACGGCCAGAGCAAGGCCACCGAGGCCAAUAGCUGCUGCGAGAUCUGCGGGUACCGGCCCAAGGGCGACCCGCAGUGGUUCAAGGGCAGCAUGGCCAAGCACAAGAAGCUGCAGCACUCGACGUCGCCGCCCAAGAUCUACAAGUGCCCCUACCCGGGGUGCAGCAGCCAGUACAAGAACAGGCCGGACAACCUGCGGCAGCACCAGAUCGAGAAGGACCACUGGGUCGGCGGCGACGGGCCGGGCAGCCGGAGGCCGAGCAAGCGCAAGAAGAUGUCGGACUGA